GCUGCGUGAUAAACAAUUCAGUAGUUAAACGAGUCCCACAGAAAGUGCAUAUUUGGCAGCGGUUCGUGCGCAACGCAAAUGCAAUGAAAUUCACAUACUUUGCUAUCGGAUUGCUCGUGACGCUCUGCCAUGCGCUUAACGGCGCAGAAAGCGCAAAUAUACUUAGUUUAGUCGAGGUAUUAGCGCCGGAUCAACAAAUUUGGCACGAUGCCGUUAUCAAGGGUCUAAUUGAAAGCGGCCAUAAAGUUACGCUAGUCAGCGGCAGUACAAUGCACUCGAAGUCGCCACACCUAACACAAAUUCAUUUGGAGCAGGUAAAGGAAGCAUUGGACGUCAGCAAUAAUCUACACAGCCGCUUGGUCAAUGCCUGGUUGAAUCCCUUCGAGCGCAUCUAUCAUUGGUACAACAAACAGCUGAAAGUCUGCCAGGCUGUGCUCUCGUCCAGUGGCUUGCAUGAGCUUAUUGCGCUCUCUAGAGGCUCUGGCAUGGAAGCGCCAUUCGACGUGAUCAUCUACGACGCCACCUACGGGCACUCCUGUUUGCUGGCGCUGACGCAGCUCUUCGAGCAUGUGCCCAUUGUGGCAGUCAGUGCCUCACAUAUCACACCUGAUUUGUUACAAGUUGUGCCUGGCACGCAGCUGCAAUCUGCCACUGUGCCGCAUUUCACUAGCACACACGACGAGCACAUGAAUUUUUUCGCACGUCUACACAACACACUAGUUUACGCCGCAGCCCAAUUCUUUCGUCAGUUCACGGUGUUGCGCGUACAAGAGGCUCUCUUGGCUAGGCACGAGGGAUUGCAAGCAGCUCACGUAAAACCCACUUUUGAGAGCGUACGCGAUCGUGUUAAAGUCGCGUUGGUUAACAGUCAUCCGGCGUUUGAUUAUGUGCACUCGUUGCCGCCGAAUGUAAUUCAAGUCGCCGGCUUGCAAUUCGAUAAUAUCAAUCGGCCGCUUUUGGUGGAGAUGCAAACGUUCAUUGAUGACUCCAUUGAGGGUGUCUUCGUUAUCACCAUUGGCCCUGAGCUCUUGACUCCAUUACUCAUCGAACAGGUGCUGAGUGUGAUCGAUAAAUUCCCGGAAUUUGGUUUCGUGUGGGGUGUAAAGAAGAUUAUGAUACCGUCGACAGGCAGGAAAAAUCUGUAUGUGGGAAAAUGGUUGAAGAAGAGCAAUAUUUUGGCGCAAAACAAGGUGAUAGGCGUUAUUACGAGCGGCAGCCAUAUGGAAGUGCAGGAGGCUAUCUACCACGGAGUACCUAUUAUUGCAGUUACUAAUUCCUUACAGCCACCAAGUAUCGCGACACGUGUGCAGUCAUUGGGCAUCGGCCUAAGCGUAGAUUUAAAGUCCGGCGCUGAAAAACUACAGAGCGCCAUCUCAGCAUUGGCUACGAAACCGCAAUUCACAGAGAACGCAAAGUCUCGUCAGGUAGCUUUUCGUAAUCGGCCACAAAAUCCGCUCGAAGAGGCACUCUGGUGGAUUGAGCACGUCAUGGCGCACCCCAAAGAAAGUGGCUAUCUUCACUCGCAGGCAGUUGCCGAAGGGAGCUUCUUUGCUUUGCAUUCCUUGGACGCCAUGUCUGUGCUGCUCUUCAUGUUGGUAAUGUUCUUGGUCAAUACUUUUAUAGUGCUGAAACAGCUGAGAGAACAAUGUAAGAGCAAGAGCAAGAAGACGGCGACGAACGGCGUAGACAAAGAAAAAAGUCUGAAACGUAAAGCGAAGAAAGCAAAUGACAGUAAGAAGAAAGUGCAGUGAGGUAGACUAAACAAAAAAAAAAUUAGAAAUAAAUAUUUAGUUACUUUAAUAAAUCAAUGGAAUAAUAAUAAAAUAACCUCGC